UCUUGACAUUAAGUCGCCCAUGGGGGCAGUGUGAAAAAUGCUGCGCCUGGGACGAGUUCUGCGAUCGGAGGCAGUGCGUCAACUGCGCCAUCUGAGCGGCAAGCCCGGUGGCGAUGUGCUGCCCCAGAGCUGCGAUGUGCUGAUCAUCGGCGGGGGCGGCAUGGGCGCCUCCUCGGCGUUUUGGCUCAAGUCCCGCGCACAGCAGCUGGGCAAGAAUCUCAGGGUUCUAGUGGUGGAACGAGAUUCCAAUUACACCAGUGCCUCCACAGUACUCUCAGUGGGAGGAGUACGGCAGCAGUUCUCCCUGGCGGAGAACAUCCAGAUGUCGCUGUACGGAUACAAUUUUAUAGUCAACAGCCAGAAGCACUUGGGGGACGUGGACGUCUGCUACCAGCCGAACGGAUACCUUAUCCUGGCCUCCAGCAAGGGAGCAAACGACCUGGCCCAGAACUCAAAGCUCCAGAACGAGUUGGGGGCCCGCAACGAACUGCUCGGUCAGGAGGCGCUGCGAAGACGGUUCCCGUGGCUGUCUACAGUGGAUGUGGAGCUUGGCUGCCAUGGUCUGGACAAGGAGGGAUGGUUCGACCCGUGGGCCCUGCUCAUGGGCUUCAAGCGACAGGCCCGUUCCCUCGGAGCUAACUUCGCCAACGGCGACGUCGUCGGAUUCGAGUGGAAUAGUUCGGGAGGCCUGUCCGGAGCCGUGGUCGAUUCGGGAGAUGGAGUGCAGCGCACUGUGAAAUUCGAAACCUGCGUUUUGGCGGCGGGAGCCCACUCCGGUCAGGUCGCGCGUCUGGCGAACAUUGGCAACCCGGAGGCCAAGGAAGAAGUAUUGCGAGUAGCUCUCCCUGUCGAGCCUCGGAAGCGGUAUGUGUAUGUGUUCAGCACCCAAGGGCGAAACUGUCCGGGCAUGGCCACGCCGCUGACCGUCGACCCGGACGGCACCUAUUUCCGACGCGACGGCCUCUGUGGGAAUUUCCUCGGCGGUCGCAGUCCCAAUGACGACGAGGAACCGGACUGCUCCACCUUGGACGUAGACCACGGCUACUUCGAGUCGGAUGUGUGGCCAACACUGGCCAACCGGGUACCCGCAUUUGAGUCCGUGAAGGUCCAGAGCAGCUGGGCCGGAUACUACGACCACAAUACGUUCGAUGCCAACGGCAUCAUCGGCAGGCACCCGCACUACUCCAAUCUCUUCAUAGCGGCGGGCUUUAGCGGCCACGGAAUUCAGCAGACUCCGGCCGUGGGGCGGGCCAUCUCCGAGCUGAUCCUGGACGGAAGGUUCUCCACCAUUGACCUGACUCGCCUUGGAUACGAGCGGCUGGUGAAAAACCAGCCCAUGCUUGAGACCAACAUCGUGUAGGUGUGAGACGCAUCUGCUGGUAGUGCCCAUCAGGAGAUCCUGCAUCCUAUAUAUAAGAUUCCGAAUCAGUGUGUAUGUACUUGUUUUAUUGCAAUUUCGGUUGUAUGUAUAUAUAGUAAUAUUGUAAAGUUCACACACGUGUUAGUCAUAUACAGCUGGUUGGAGUCUGUGAUGCCUGGCUAGGGUUCAGUGGUCCUGGUAUGCUUCAGCCACACAAAAAGUCAAGUGUCUACAUAUAAUUUAUUUAAAAUAAGACGUUAAACAUAAUCGUAAUAUAACUGCGGAAUAAUUGCUGACUCGAGGUCAGAUAAGGGCUGGGGGACGAAGCAGCCUGCUUAUCUGGGUCAACCUUCUAACUAUGCGGCCCAGGAGCUGCUUCGGAGCCGAGUCGCUUUAUCUGUUGACCGAUCUGCGAGCUACAGUUAAAAUAAAUAAAUGUUCGGUGAAUGAG